AGGAGCUAAAAUUUCCAGAGCUAGUCCUACAGCGAGGGAAGCUAACGUGGAGUGGGCAUGAGAAUUCUAUACAACAAGCACAAGUGAAGCUCAACCUUUUUGUUCAUCCUGCUACAACCAAUCAUUAUGGGAGAGGGGAAUAAGGAUCACUGCCCAAGGGGCAUUACAGUCUCCCCAGGGACGCACUCUCUUUUUUUUUUUUUUUUGAGACGGAGUUUCGUUCUUGCUGCGAAAUCUCAGGUCACUCAAACCUCCGCCUCCCGAGUUCAAGCGAUUUUCCUGCCUCAGCUUCCCAAGUAGCUGGGAUUAUAGGCAUGGGCCACCACGCCCCGCUAAUAGGGAGGCACUUUUCAUUAGCCCACAGUCCAGUUAAACUUGACGGAGCGAGGAAGUGACCUGGGAGUACAGAACAGGAUGGGAUCCUUCCGGACUUGGGCAGCCUUUGGCAAGUGGGCAUGCUUGGAAGGGUCAGGGUCUCAGGCCUGGAAGUGACCAAUUUUUCUCUCCGAAAAAGAAAGGAAGAUGGUUAAAAAAAAAAAAAUCCAUGCUCCAAAGCAGCAGCCAAAUCCUUCUAUGUCCCCCAGUGCAUCACCCAGAAAGGGGCUCCAGAUUCUCCUGCAAAAGGCCAACUCUGCUUCCCGGCUCCCACUUCCCCUCCUUCCCCACAGGAGGGUGGCGAAGGAUUUAUAACCCACCUCUUUCUUUCAGUUGCCAUGGAGACAAGCCCCAGUCCUUUCAUUCCUUCUGGUACCUCUCUCUCCAACGCAGCCGGAAAGGAGGCGGCUUAGCCCAAACAUGCUGGGGGAGGGGCUGCGACCUCGACGGCAGCUGCGGAACCAGGCCGAGGGACAAAGGCUAAGGCCAGCCGCGUCAAGCCCUUUCAUCUGCCGACGACCAGCGGCCAGACGCUGCGGGAGCAUUGCUGGGCUGGAGGAGGGCUCGAGCUACUAGGACGGCACGGAGCAGCGGGGUGGGACUUGGGGUCGUCUCAGGAGAGUUCCGCGGCCCGGGACGGGCAGAGGCAUGCACGGGGUGGGGGCAGAUGGCUGGGGUGGAUGAGGAGGCACAGGCCCUUCCACCCACGCGUCCAUUGGGCGGCGCCGCCAUCACUCUCUUCUGGACUACACCGCCUUCUCCUCCUCCACGGAACCAGGAUCCCCCUCCUCCACCAGCCUCUCCCCGCCCCUGUCACCGGAGCCUCUCAUUGGACGGGGGCAUGGUCAAUCCUCCUCGAGUUAGGGAGUCGAUUGGACGCGAGGCCUUUGGGCCGCCCCCAGCCUCGUCGGAUUGGCUUCCUGCGCGUUGGCGCAACGGAAGAGGCGGCCGGCGGAGGGCGCGCCUCUGCCCCGGCUGCACUGCCGCGGAGGACGGGAGGAGUUCGACGCUGGGGGGCUUGCUCGGGCGGCAGCGGUGGCUGCUGCGUAUGGGAGCGGGCCGGUUCGGCGCGCCGAUGGAGCGCCACGGCAGGGCCUCCCCCACCUCCGUCUCGUCGGGUGGGGAGCAGGCGGCCGGAGGCCCCGAAGGGCGGCGGCAGGAGCCACUGCGGCGCCGGGCGAGCAGCGCGUCGGUACCCGCUGUCGGGGCCUCAGCGGAGGGCGCGAGGCGGGACCGACUGGGCUCCUACAGCGGCCCCACCUCGGUCUCCCGCCAGCGCGUCGAAAGCCUGAGGAAAAAGCGGCCGCUUUUUCCAUGGUUUGGCUUGGAUAUCGGUGGAACUCUGGUCAAGCUGGUUUAUUUUGAACCCAAAGACAUAACUGCUGAAGAAGAAGAGGAAGAAGUGGAAAGUCUUAAAAGCAUUCGGAAGUACCUGACCUCCAAUGUGGCUUAUGGGUCCACAGGCAUCCGGGACGUGCACCUCGAGCUGAAGGACCUGACUCUGUGUGGACGCAAAGGCAAUCUGCACUUUAUACGCUUUCCCACUCAUGACAUGCCUGCUUUUAUUCAAAUGGGCAGAGAUAAAAACUUCUCGAGUCUCCACACUGUCUUUUGUGCCACUGGAGGUGGAGCGUACAAAUUUGAGCAGGAUUUUCUCACAAUAGGUGAUCUUCAGCUUUGCAAACUGGAUGAACUAGAUUGCUUGAUAAAAGGAAUUUUAUACAUUGACUCAGUUGGAUUCAAUGGACGGUCACAGUGCUAUUACUUUGAAAACCCUGCUGAUUCUGAAAAGUGUCAGAAGUUACCAUUUGAUUUGAAAAAUCCAUAUCCUCUGCUUCUGGUGAACAUUGGCUCAGGGGUUAGCAUCUUAGCAGUAUAUUCCAAAGAUAAUUACAAACGGGUCACAGGUACUAGUCUUGGAGGAGGAACUUUUUUUGGUCUCUGUUGUCUUCUUACUGGCUGUACCACUUUUGAAGAAGCUCUUGAAAUGGCAUCUCGUGGAGAUAGCACCAAAGUGGAUAAACUAGUACGAGAUAUUUAUGGAGGGGACUAUGAGAGGUUUGGACUGCCAGGCUGGGCUGUGGCUUCAAGCUUUGGAAACAUGAUGAGCAAGGAGAAGCGAGAGGCCGUUAGUAAAGAGGACCUUGCCAGAGCGACUUUGAUCACCAUCACCAACAACAUUGGCUCAAUAGCAAGAAUGUGUGCCCUUAAUGAAAACAUUAACCAGGUGGUAUUUGUUGGAAAUUUCUUGAGAAUUAAUACGAUCGCCAUGCGGCUUUUGGCAUAUGCUUUGGAUUAUUGGUCCAAGGGGCAGUUGAAAGCACUUUUUUCGGAACACGAGGGUUAUUUUGGAGCUGUUGGAGCACUCCUUGAGCUGUUGAAGAUCCCCUGAUCGUUACCUGGGGAGGGGUUCCUGAAACCUUCCACCAUGGGAUCUGUGUGGACUUCCAUUUCUUUAAGAGACUUACUCAAUUUCAUGACUGUGCACUACCUGAAACAAAGUGAGAAAGGAUGCGUGUAUUUUUCUAAGUCAUCAAGAUAAAUCCUUAAGAAUUCAGUCUAAACUAGCAACCAGGAAGGAAAGAUAUAUUAAAAACAACAAAAAAGUGGCCUAUGUCCAAGCAGUGUGAGGAUUUGCUGUAUAUAAGUUGCCUGCUUUGUAUUUUUGAAAUCUCUGCAUCACUCACUGGAGAUGCUUCAGAAGAGAGCUGCUCUGUGUUCAGUUGACUGUGGUUUUGUGUCCUGUUUGAACUUGCUGAAUGUAAGGCAGGCUACGAUUUGUUAAAAUCUAAUCACAAUUUGUCAGUGUGGUCUUGGCAAUCAUCUGUGCAUUACUCUGGUUUGCAUUAAGCCUGUGUGUGAACUUAACUGUAAAACAUGUUUUAUUUCAAGGUUCUGCAAA